AUGGCAUUCUGCACUCGUAAUUUCUGUAAAUCGAGUAAUAGAGUACGAAAACACCGGUUCAUGAAGAAAGUUAAUGAGCUUCAUGAAGGUAGUGAUAACAGUGACGAUGCUCAAGUUUCUAGUUUCGAAGAUGAAGUGUGUGCAAAUUCAGAAAAUAAAUGGACCGUGGAUAACCUCGAAAAUGAACUUGGAGUCAGUGAGAAUGUACGUGAAGAUUCAAGUGGAGAGCUACCGUUGAAUGAUAUCCGAGGGGUAAAUUCAUCUACAGUAGCAUGUUUUGUGGUCGAAGACAGUGAGAAAAAUAAUCUAAACAAAUCUACUGAUCCGGUUGACGUUGAGUGUGCAAUUGGUGAGCAACAGACCAUUGAAAUUGAUCAUUCGCCACAACGAACUAUAACUGAAAAAAUUCAGCACUGGGCUGUUCAAAAUUUAGGAGACAUAAAAUUGAAAGCCAUCACACAAAUUCUACAAAUUUUGAAAGACGAGGGUCAUCCAGUACCACCGACAGUGCAUAAGCUCUUGGGAUUUCAGCACCGAAUCAAGACAAAGAAAUUGUUGACGAGCAAAAAUAAAAUUGGAACCUACGUUUAUUUAGGCAUUGCUAAUGGUCUGAAUGAUCGAAUAGUAUCAGAAAAAUAUUCGAAGGCCCUCAAGAAGCUUCAACACUUUUGUGAACAGCGCUCUGACCUUGAGUCCACUGAUUCAGAAAGCGAGAAAAUACAACGGAAUAUAUUAUCAAAGAGAAAUGCCAUUAAUCAAAUGGAAAGAUCAUAUAGCCUGAAUGCUUGUGGAUUAGAAGCUAUUCCUGAGGAAGAAGAGCCCCCAUCUAAACGUCCUCGAGUAGUGACAACUCCACAGGAUGCAUCACGUGCAGGACUUUCAUCGCAUGAAAAUGAAUCUACUUUUCCCUCAGACAAGAAGAAGGCUCUAGUGGAACGAGUCCAGAAAAUGCGAGAAGAGGAGGAUGAUCAAACAGUUAAAAAGAUAAUUAAUUAUUUCGACGCUUCCUUUGAAUUAUUCGCCAUAAGAAACAGGGAGGAAUUGCAGAGCAUGAAGAGGUCCCAACAGUAUGAUUUGCGGAAGGCAAAAGACGACCUAAAGCAGUCACUGAUGAUUUCUCCACAAACUUACAAAGGGACAGCGGUACAACUGCUCAGCUCUCUCGGGGUAACAUUACCAAUGAAGACUGCGGAAGAAUUCGAGAAGUGGGAAAAAUCUUUAGAUCCAGCAAACGUGGAGAACCAGGAGAAUCAAGACAAAGUGCCGAAGAGCAAGACAGCUUUUGUCAACUUCAUGGCCACUGAAACCGCCAACUCUCAAGACGCUACAGCAGACAUCAAAACCAUUCUGAAGUCUUUAUUGACAAAAUCGAUUCAGAUGGAAUAUAGUGGUGCUGGUAAAAAGAGACACGGAGUGGGGAAAAAAAAUUUCAGUGCGACUUUUACAUACCAAUGCAUGAAAGAUUUCAUCAAAAGUAAAUAUAAUAAAGGUGAUAAAGAUUUGAGAAUUCUCACAGUAACAAGCGAAUUUUUGUCUGGAGCCUGUGAUCGGGAGGAAGGGCGUGCUGCGAGAGUCAACAAAACUCUUUAG